CCCUAGCAGUACAGCAAUUAAAAUCGAAAUGCCUACAAUCACAGUUGGUAGUGUAGGUACAUGAUGCGCUCAUUUUACCUUUGGCACGUUCUCUUAAAAAAUGGUAAACCGUCAACUUUAUCAAUUCGGAAAGUAUUAUUGCGAGCUGUACGUAUAUGUCGAUUGUGCUUUUUGGCGUUUUAAUCAUUCCUCCGUAUUUCACAGAUUGUAUUGUUACACUCCAUGUAGCGUACAGUAAAUAAUAAUAAAUGUUAAUGUACAUUAUUAAAUCUAUCAUUAAGACGUCCAUUUGAAUAAGCUAAGGGUGACAAAUUUUAUUGAUUAUUUUAAUGCAAACCUUUCCUUAAAUUUAUUGAUCAUGCAAAACUGGGCAAAUUUAUGAAUAGGUGGGCGUUCAAAAUUCGUUUUUUUUGUGUAAAUUAAUAAAAAUAAAUAUAUAUUGAUUGCCAUGUAACAUGGGAUUAUUGCUGGGGUAACACAUUUAUACAAAGACUAUUUCUAUUGCAAGAAUCGGUACUUUACAUAGGAUAAAUAAAUAAAUACAAGAGAAAAUGAAACUAAUAAAUAAACUAUUUCAUUAAAUAAAUUAUAUUACAUUUUCAAAAACAAACAAUGAGUGCUUUUACUCCAACGAUAAUUGCGGUUUUAUUCCAAGUUCAAAUCAUAACUUUUGUUACAUCCUAUACAUCGUACAUUUUCUCCUUGACAUUUCGCCGGUAGAUGUCGGCGCCUUUCUCGAAGAACAUAACCUCAACAUUAGUAUAAAAGUCAAAAGAAGAUAUUGAUUUUCAUUUUAAACAGAAUUAUGCCAUUUUUGUUUAUAACAAAUUCAAGAAGCGUUAUUCUCACAUUUCAUAAAAUACAUUACGCUUAAUUGAGAACAAACAUUGUGAAUGUUAAUGAAACAUAUCCGUCCAGAUGUCUGGCGGAGAGAACCCACCAAACGGUGCACCCCCUUUUCACCAUAACUUUUUUAAUACCGACUUACCUUCCAACGAAAGAGGCGAACCUCCGACUUACGAGGAGGCCAUCGAUCCUAACGCACCUCCUCCGUCGUACGACUCGUUGUUCGGAAGGGUGAGAGAAGCGCAAAGGACUAGUAAAGGCGUCUUUGAGUUUCUUAAGAAUAUUUUAAUUAUACUGUUAGGAACGAUUGGGUGCACGAUAAUAUUAGGCGUUACUAUUGUCAUUCCAAUAUGCAUGAUUGUUAUGGGAUCAAUCUACCUUUACGAAUGUCCGCAAGGGGAGUACAUACCGAUAUAUUUACUUGUCGGAGGUAUUUUCGGCAUUUUAAAACAGUUACUUCAUCUAUCGUCUCGGGUUCGCCAAACCAACACGGAGAGGGAAGAAGAACAGCUACGACAAUCUCCAAUGCAAACCUUCCUCAACUGUUUCAUGCUGGGCUGGUUCAUUAUCGGUUCCGUGUGGGUUUACAAGGAGUUCGAGCCAAAUUAUGAUCCAAAUGCGUUCGACGGUAGGUUUUGUAAUAAGAGUUUAUAUUUAUUCGCAUUCUGGCUGAUAACGUCGGUGUAUAUUUUGUUAGGCAUUAUCUCGGUAUGCUUAUGUUCGUUAAGUAUUGCAAGCGUUGUAUUUAAUAGUGACAGGUGUUAAGGUAUUUAUGAUAGACCAUUACGGGACAUUCAAUUUAAUAUGGUGAGCAUACAGGGUGUCCUGUUUGAAGGGAUUUAGAUGGGGAUGUUGUUGGAACACGGCACAAGAGAAUGUAGCACAAAUAUUUUCGAUUAUACUUUCUUUUUGUAAAGCUGUAAUUGUAUUAUAAAUGCACAGUAUUUGCUAAUGAUUGAAUCGUGUUGGAACAUUUAAUUAUAUAGAGCCUUCCAUUAAAAAUUGUCAGGCUAGUGCAGGCUCCAUCUUUACCGCUUUUUGAAGUUAAUGGUCAAUGUCAUUGAUUGUUAAUUACUACUAUCCAACACAUGGCAGAGAAUAACGUCCUACUAACAUAAGGCAUAGAGCUGUGCAACGUUCAAUGUCAUAGAAUCCUAGUUUGACCUUUUAUACCUGAUAAGAGACUGAAAUUAUCUUUUUAUUUAAAAACAAUCCCCUUACUGAGGCUAGAAUCUGAGACAUUCCACUUUUAAGAUUAUUCUAACAUUUAGAAUUAAUCUUACAUUUCUUUUGAACAAUUCAAUGCAUAUUUUGUUUCUAAGUCCGUCGUGCGACAAACCAAACAUGAUGUGUUGGCUGUAGGGCAUUUUAAAAUCUUUAGAGAGAAAUAUGUAGGACGAACAAUGUAUGAUUAUGUGAGGAAAUGUGUACCAAAAGUAGGUAUCAUUAUAACUUUGGCAUGAUUGCUUGUAAAACGAUCAUAAUCAACAAUUUAACAGUCACACAAGUUGCAUUACCUUUAGUAGACCAUCAUAUACAGGGUGGGCCAUUAGUGUGUGGGUGGAAGAUUGUAGGUUUAUUAACGCGCAUAUUUAAAAUUCAUUGUAGGGCAUGUUGAGGGACCCUUAAGGCUACAACCUAAAAAAAUGUUCCCCGAAAUUGUAAUUGGUAUACAGAGUGAUUUAUAUCAAAGUUGUAUUUCUUUAAAUAGAACGCCCUAUAUAUUAUUACAUAUUUCGAUUGCUUGGUCAAUUUUAGUGUGACUAU